AUGCGUUUCCUAUCUACCACCAUACUACUCCUGGCAGUCUCAUACGUCUCUGCGAACGAAGACCCCCAAGACGACUGCUACGAAGCCCCAGCCCCUAGCCCUCACUACGGACUUCCCCUUCCUCAACCAACUGGCAGUUCAAGCUCAGGAAUUUCCAAAGAUGCUAUGAUCAAAGCCUUAAAGAAUAUCGCUCCCGGAUCAGCCGCGGAACCAUGCGUCUCUGCGCCAAAGGCAGAAGGACAAUGCCGAAGCGCCUCUCAGGCCGCAGAGCCACUCAUCCACUCCUUUGAGAAGUACAAGAUUACCUCUAAGCCUGAGAUGGCUGCUAUUAUAAGCCUGAUCGCCUUGGAGUCGGGCGAGUUCAAGUAUCAGAAGAAUGUUUUCCCCGGUAGACCUGGACAGGGCACUCGGAACAUGCAAAUGCCCAACUUCAACGCUCUCUACGCCCAGUCUCUCUCAGGGCUAGCUGCAAUGAUCGGCCCGAAAUUCACUAAUGUCGACGCGGUUUUGGGGCUCCUAUUGUCCAAUGACGAUUAUGACUUUGGAUCUGCGGCCUGGUUCCUAACGACCCAGUGUACCCCCGCUGUCAGGACAGCGCUACAGUCUGGCUCAGAGGAUGGCUGGUCCAAGUAUCUGACCGAGUGUAUUGGGACAACUGUCACCGAGGAGCGAAAGGGAUACUGGAAAAAGGCAAUGGAUAGCGUCAAGGAUUUGUAG